AUGGCGUCUGCCGUGAUUAAGUUCAGUGCCAUAUUGAUGUUCGUCGUUGUGUGCUUCGCUGAUCUCGCGGAGUUUGAUAACACUCACUCCAUCCCACCGCCGCCAGUCACUGAAGUGUGUUUGGGCUGCAUCUGCCAGGCCGCGUCAGGGUGUACGCAGAGCUUAGGGUGCGAGGACGGUGCCUGUGGAUUGUUCCGGAUCACUCAUCCUUACUGGACUGACGCUGGCAAACCAACAGUAGACGGAGCGCCUGUAGAUUCCCCUAAUGCUUUCAACAACUGCGCGUUUGACCCGUACUGCGCAGCCCGCACAGUGCAGGGAUACAUGAGGAAAUUCGCUCAGGACUGCAACGGUGACGGACAAGUGAACUGCUAUGACUACAUGGCAAUUCACAAGCGGGGAGGAUACGGCUGUGUCGGAGACCUGCCAUUCCAAUACCGAAGUGGAAUAAACAUGAAGCUGCUUGCAAUUCUCUUAGUAAUUGCUUUAGCUGCAGUUGAAGGACAUCCUAACAUUCCCCGGACACAAGCGUGCGGAUUUCAUCUGCAUAUGCGUUUAACAGCUGCCUGCAGACAUGAAAUGAGUUUAAGAAAUUUGAGGCAAUACCUAGAAAGCCAGAUGCCUUCUCUACAUGAUAAAUUCGAAGCUGAUCGCCUGGCUGUCCUAGCUAAAAUCCCUAAGAGUCCUCCCGAGGAGAACGUUGUUGAAGCGUGCUGCUACAGAAGUUGCACUUAUGCUGAGUUGGUCAGUUACUGUUACGUAGUGAACGGCAUUUCCUAG